AUUCUCGGUAAGCUCCUUUCAGGUUCUUCUGCGGCGUUUCAGGAUCCUCUGCGACGAAUCAACCGCCAGAAUGAGUGUGGGCUUCAUAGGAGCGGGACAGCUAGCCCACGCUUUGGUGCGAGGAUUCUCUGCUGCAGGAGUAAUUGCAAUUCACAGAAUCACAGCCAGUUCUCCAGACACUGACCUCCCCACAGUUCAUCAGCUGCGGAAACUGGGCAUUAAUUUCACCACCAGCAACAAGGAGACAGUAAACAAAAGUGAUGUCCUGUUCUUGGCUGUGAAACCUCACAUCAUCCCUUUUGUACUGGAUGAAAUUGGGCCCGACAUUGAGGAUCGACACCUGAUUGUGUCAUGUGCUGCAGGCGUCACUAUCAGCUCUAUAGAAAAGAAGCUGCAGCAGUAUCAAACCUCUCCAAAAGUGAUGCGUUGCAUGACCAACACUCCGGUGGUGGUACGGGAAGGAGCCACUGUGUAUGCCACAGGCACACACGCAGACGUGGAGGAUGGAAAACUUCUAGAACAGCUGAUGGCCAGCGUUGGCUACUGCACAGAAGUGGAGGAGGACCUGAUUGAUGCCGUCACCGGCCUGAGUGGCAGUGGCCCUGCUUAUGCAUUCACGGCAGUCGAUGCUCUGGCUGACGGCGGAGUGAAAAUGGGCCUGCCAAGGAGACUGGCUGUACGGCUUGGAGCACAAGCCCUGCUGGGUGCAGCUCGAAUGUUGCUAGAUUCGGAUCAACACCCUGGGCAGCUCAAGGACAAUGUGUGUUCACCAGGGGGCGCCACCAUUCACGCUCUUCAUGUCAUGGAGAGUGGAGGCUUCAGAAGUCUCCUUAUAAAUGCUGUGGAGGCUUCUUGUGUAAGAACUAGGGAACUUCAGUAUUUGGCUGACCAAGAGAAGAUCUCUGCAACUGCUAUUAAGAAGACAACGUUAGACAAAGUGCUUCAGCAGCCUGGAGUGACAGCAGAUGCUGUGGGAGUCAGAUCAGGGGGGAUCAGUAUCUUCAACAGCAGUAAGCCUAGAACCAAAAAGAAGUGAUCGAUUUAAGACAGCAAGCUUUGAUGAUCUCUUUUUUCUGUUGAAAUAUGUCACUGAAUUAUAAUAACUGUAUGUAUGUGUGUGUGUGUGAGUAGGGAUUGUCCACGUGGUGUAAGCAAAUAAACAUAAAGGUCAAAGGUGAAUAUGUUUUUAAAAAUUCAGACUUUUUUGUUAAAAUUAAAGGUUUGCUGUUGUUUAAUG